AUGGUGACGAAUCGUUCAAGGAAAAUAAUGAAGAGAAGAGGAAGAAGAAAUAACAAAGACACAAAAGAGAAGUUUUCUUCUUCCAACAUUGAAUCUCUUCCUAAUGAGCUACUUACUGAAGUUGUUGCAAGGGUUGCUUCUUGUUCAUUUAAAAGUUACAUCAAUAUCAAGCUAAGUUGCAAGGUUUUUCAUGAAAUAGCAAAGGAACGUUACGUAUAUCAGAAUGCAACAAUGGCAGACUUUCCUAUUGAACCUUCAUGGGAGAGGAACAAGCAAGAGAAGAUAAACAAACUUACUUCUUUCAUGGAGCUGUGCAGAGAAAGCGGAAAUACAGAAGCUUUAUAUAGGAAAGGCGUGAAAUUUGCUUGUUAUUGUGAUCAGAUGGACUUGUUUAAAAACGAAAGGACAGAAGUUGCUAAGGAACUUCUGAAGAAAGCAGCAAAUGGAGGGCAUCUGGGAGCGUUGUAUGUGAUUGGUAUAAUAAUGAUAUUUAUGGGUGGUGACGUUAAGGAAAAAGGAGUAAUGUUGAUCGGCGGGAUGAAAAAAAGAGAGCCACUAAGAACAAUAGCAAGGGAUUGCCGGAAGAGUUUAAUAGAAAUCUUGGAAAAUAUUUGGGUGAAAAAUCCUCAUGUCUUGGGACAAAGACCCACUCGUUGCACUCUCCAACAUCAACGCAGUCGCACCAAUGGGUGGAGUAGCUGGCCUCCCAUUGACAGUGACGACGAAGAUGCCGAUUUUCAUUGUGAUGCUUGCAUUUGUGAUGUAGAAAUUGCUCAUGUCAUUAGUGCUUUGCCUGCGUAUUCUUAUUAA